UUUCUGUCUUGUUAUAGGUAAGUGGUAAUUCUCAAGUUCUUUGAAGAUGGACUUUCAGCAUCGAGCCGGGGGGAAAACUGGAGGAGGAGGACAGGCAUCAUGGUCUGAAAGCAACAGAGAUCGCCGAGAACGUCUUCGGCAGUUGGCUUUAGAAACAAUAGAUCUGAAUAAAGAUCCUUAUUUUAUGAAGAAUCAUUUAGGUUCUUAUGAAUGUAAACUGUGUUUAACAUUGCAUAAUAAUGAGGGUAGUUAUUUGGCUCAUACUCAGGGCAAAAAACAUCAAACUAACCUUGCAAGGCGAGCUGCAAAAGAAGCCAAAGAAGCUCCUGCACAACCUGCACCAGAGAAACCACGUGUAGAAAUGAAGAAAUUUGUAAAGAUUGGUCGUCCCGGUUAUCGUGUCACGAAGCAGAGAGACCCGGAAAGUGGACAACAAAGCUUAUUGUUCCAAAUUGAUUACCCAGAAAUUGCUGACAAUGUUGCACCUCGUCAUCGCUUCAUGUCAGCUUAUGAGCAAAAGGUUGAGCCUCCAGAUAGAAAAUGGCAAUAUCUUUUAUUUGCUGCUGAACCAUAUGAAACAAUUGCAUUUAAAGUUCCAAGUCGUGAAGUUGACAAGUCAUGGACAACAUGGAACAAAGAAACAAAGCAAUUUUUCUUACAAUUUGCAUUUAAGAUUGACCCAAAAGCCAAAAUGGUACCCCCAGCACCACCACCUAUUCCAGGCCCACCAGGCCCUCCAGGACCUCCUGGUCCACCUGGUCAGGGAGGGCCUCCUGGACCUCCAGGUAUGCCUCCACCACCUGGAUUACCACCUCGCCCUCCUAUGAUGCCACCUGGUCCCCCACCAGGUAUGCCACCUCCUCCAGGACCCCCUGGUAUGCCACCACCCCCAAUGAGGCCACCUAUGCGACCUAUGAUGCCACCACCACCGCCUGGUCCUCCCGGGCAUCAUGGACCUCAUGGUCAGCUGAGACCACCACCUGCUCCACCAGGCAUGGGACCUACCCCUCCAGGAAUGAGAGGACCUCCUCCUCCCCCAGGAAGUCUUCCUCCUCCCCCACCACCAUUCAAUCCAGUUCCCCCUCCACCCCCAUCAAGUGGUGUGCCUCCUCCACCACCACCCAAAAAUUAAACUUUCAAAGGCUUAAGUUUAGUUCAGAUCAGUUUUUCUAAUAUUAAUUAUUUUCUGUUGAGUAUUGUACCUUAUCAAGGGAAAGAUGAAAUGGGUAGUUUAGAUUUAAACAAGUGUUUGGUAUAAGCAUAAUGAAUGUACUAUAUACUAAAUUUGUAACAUUGAAGUAUUUAGUGGCACUCAUUCAAUCCUUUAUUGAUUUGAAAUCAUG